GGCCGCGGAGAGGGGCGCGGGCGGCGCGCGCUCCUGGAGGCUCCCGCGGGGAGAGCCCGCGCGAGUCGUGCCGGGGCCUGAGGCCGGUGGCCGCCCGCACCCGGAGGGGAAGGGCCAGCCGAGUGCCGGUCCGGGUCGUGCCGUCCUGCCUCCGGCAGCCAGAGAGCGCGGGGAUGGCGGGGCCUGCGGCGGCUGCGUCCGAGUGGACGGGAGCCCGUCCGGGCGCCGGGCGCGCUCGCAGGGGCUUCUUGGGAAGGUGGGAACGGGAGAGGUUCUGGGGCGUCCGGCCUUAGGUGCUCACUUGCGAAGCCUGCAGAACCCUUGGUGUGGUAGCGCGUAGUGAUGACCUAGGUUGCUGUGGCCCUUGGUGGCAGCAUCAGGACCGUCCGAUAAAACCGAAGGCCCGUCGAUAGUAAGAGGCUCGCAUGGGAUCCUUCGUCUGAUUUUUCUUAGCGACCAGACCCAAACGCUGGGCUUGGCUUGAACCUGCAAAAUGCAGGCCUCCAGCUCCAGGUCUGCACACCUGAGUGAGUGGCAGAAGCAUCACUUUGCAGUUACAUCUGGCACGUGUACACCAGGACAGAAGGCAGACGCCUUCAGAGCACAGGUCCUCCGUAUUCAGUAUGCAUGGGCAAACGCCGAGAUCUCCCAGGUCUGUGCUGCCAAGCUGUUCAAAAAGUAUGCAGAGAAGUAUUCCGCAGUUAUUGAUUCUGACAAUGUUGAAACUGGCUUGAAUAACUAUGCAGAAGACAUUUUAACUCUAGCAAGGUCUCAGCAAACUGACAGUGACCAGUGGAGGUCUGGGUUGUCAAUAAAUAAUGUUUUCCAAAUGAGGAGCGUGCAGGAGAUGAUGGAGGCGGGCAGAAAAUCCAGAGACUCUCUGUUGGCACCUGCCGCUGCCUCCGUAGUCAUCCAUAGAGAGACCGUUGUCAGCGACCUUCCUAAGUGUAGUUUCUGGGGGACUUCUGAGGAGAGUGACCCAUUAACAAACUCGGCCUGUGGGACAGGUGGAAACCAGGACAUCCCUGAGGGCAGUCCUAUGACGUGCCCUCGGAAUGCCCAGCCACCCUUGGUGGCUAACCCCACCACCACGUGUCCUGUCUUGGCACCUUUUGGUGCGUCAGGCACUGUGAAAGCCCAUGCCAAGCCCUUAUUUGGAAAUGUCAGAAAGGAAAGUACUAAUGCUCCGAAAGCCAACACAGGACUAAAUGUAUUCUCCUCUGACCUGUCUUGUUUUCCUUCCGGCUGUGAAAAUCCACGGGAAAGGAAAGCCUUGUUCAGUUACAGCACCACUGAUGCGCUUUCCACCCCAGUGCUGCAUAAGGCUGCUAGUAAAACAGAAGAUAAUGGCCAAAGGGAGGAGGGCAGCCUGCCUGCCUUUAGAACUGCCAGAGAGCAGUUAUGGGUAGAUCAGCAGAAGAAGGCCCAGCAGCCCCAGCGCGCGCCAGGGCCUUUGUAUGGUGGUGUGAAAAAGUCUCUGGGAGCUGGUAGAUCCCGAGGCAUAUUUGGGAAGUUUGUGCCCCCGGUACCCAAGCAGGACGGGGGAGAUGAGGGUGGGGGGAUGCAGUGUAAGACUUCCGGUGCAGGACCCGCAGAGCCGGCACGCCCCGUGGAUGAGCGUCUGAAGAGCUUGGAGCCCAAGAUGAUUGAGCUUAUUAUGAAUGAGAUCAUGGACCAUGGACCUCCAGUGCACUGGGAAGAUAUUGCAGGCGUAGAAUUUGCCAAAGCCACGAUAAAGGAGAUCGUCGUGUGGCCCAUGAUGCGGCCAGACAUCUUUACGGGCUUGCGGGGGCCCCCUAAAGGGAUUCUGCUCUUCGGUCCUCCCGGGACUGGGAAGACUCUGAUCGGCAAGUGCAUUGCCAGUCAGUCUGGGGCGACGUUCUUCAGUAUCUCUGCUUCCUCGCUGACCUCCAAGUGGGUGGGCGAGGGGGAGAAAAUGGUCCGAGCCUUGUUUGCUGUUGCGAGGUGUCAGCAACCGGCUGUGAUAUUUAUUGAUGAAAUUGAUUCCCUAUUAUCUCAGCGGGGAGAUGGGGAGCACGAAUCUUCUAGAAGGAUAAAAACCGAAUUUCUGGUUCAGCUGGAUGGAGCAGCCACAUCUUCGGAAGAUCGCAUCCUAGUGGUGGGAGCGACCAACCGGCCACAGGAGAUUGACGAGGCUGCCCGGAGAAGGUUGGUGAAAAGGCUUUACAUUCCCCUCCCGGAAGCGUCAGCCAGGAAGCAGAUAGUAGUUAAUCUGAUGUCCAGGGAGCAGUGCUGCCUCAGCGAGGAGGAAAUCGACCUGGUCGUGGGGCGCUCAGAUGGGUUCUCGGGCGCCGACAUGACGCAGCUGUGCAGGGAGGCGUCGCUUGGCCCUAUCCGCAGUUUACAGGCUGCAGACAUUGCCACCAUAACACCGGAUCAGGUUCGACCGAUAGCUUUCAGUGACUUUGAAAAUGCGUUUAGGACUGUGCGACCAAGUGUGUCUCCAGAAGAUUUACAGCUUUAUGAAAACUGGAACAGGACGUUUGGGUGUGGCAAGUAAGCAGGACACUUGACAUUAAGAGAUGGCAUCUUUGUCGUCCAGUCUUUCCGUUUUUUUUGGCCCAGGAAACUGGGAAUUUAUUAAUUGUACAUUGCAUAUAUGUUCUGAAUUCUGACCCUCAAAUAAAAUAGAAUAAGAGUAGCUUCCAUUUUAUAAUUGAUUGACUUAGCCUGUGUUAAUAUCGGCUCUGUUUUCAUCCUGAUGUGUAUGCCUAUUCAUAUAAAAUGAGAGGAAGAUUUUUUUUGUUUUUUGUUGCUAAGAGGUCUUUCUUUUUAGGAUAUAUACUGUGAUGACUACAGAGUUCAAAUUGAACCUUUAAAAAACCUGUGAUUUGUAUAUGAGGAUAUAUCUGGUUUAUAUGCAUCUCUUAUUGAAGAAAGUGUCUCUUCUGUGGUUCGCAUACGUCCUGGUGUUCGCUGGUCGAAUGGUUUACACUUGAAACUGACUGUGGCUUACUGUCGUUUCAUAGAUCUAUGAUCUCAACCGAAGCUAGCGUGAAAGUGCCAUUUUUUACUUGAUUCUCGUCUCUAAUCUCCUACAGUUUUCCCUUACCAGUAACAUGUUCAGAAAUAGCAAAGGUGUAAUCUCUUAUCAGAGGCAGAGCCACAGAACUUAAAGCUGAAGACGUUGGUUUUCCAGGGUGUGGGUGAUAUUUAAAAUUAGCAUUUGACACUACUUCACAGCCUCUUUCAAAAAUAAAUGUUUUCAGAUUUUUCUAAUGGA